CAUUCACUUAAAUAAUAUAUUAUUGAAUUUCAAAGAUGAAGAAGAGGUGUGACUUGUGAGACAACAAAAAGAUGUGGGCCGUCGUCCCACUCCCAGCCACAGUUUGCUUCCCCAACCAAAGGCUACCGUUUUCCCGAUGUCCAGUGGUGACUCUCGCGCGGUCCCAAAACGACGGCGUCGGUGGAUUAGGUCACAUCUUCUUAACGACGACGAAUUCCGAUGAGGUGAUAUCUAACACUAAUUCGAUCUCAAACCGGCAAAAACAGAAACAGGGAGAGGGAAAUCAAUUAAGUGGGUCAGACGUGCUUUGGGCUUUACAAAGAGCGGCUGUACAGAAGAAAAAGAAGCACAAGAAAAGAAGGGAAUUAAAGUCGGCAGGAACUGGAAGCGACAAAGAAGACGCAGAUGUUGAUGAUCAUGAUGUGGAUUAUAGUAAUGUGAAACCAUUGGAUAUAAAGAGUGAGUGGAGUGUUAAGUUGAAUGAAUUGGAAAAGCGAUUGCAGGAACUGUCAGAGAUUUAACUCAUUUAUCCAUGUCCAUGUCCAUAUCCUUACCCCUUCACAUUCUCUUUUGUUGAUAUUCAAUUUCAUUUAUUUUUCUUCUGUGUCUGUCUUUCGUUUGUGUUUUGUUUGCUAUACAAUAAUUUUGGAAUUUCAUUACUUCCUGUAAACGGAGUUUUUUCAUUGAGAAAACAGUCUCCUUGGUUUGUGUUCAGAGAAAUUUAUGUUGAAAAAAGAAGUACAGGCAAGUAACCAGCUAUAGUUGAUACCAUCGCUCCGAGUCUUGUUGCCAUUGGAAAACAUUUCUCAAGUUUUUCAUUUAAAUGUAUUGAUUGCAAGAAAAUUUAUCGACACAGAUUAUUUAACAAUAUUCAA